CCUCACACCAUUAUUAUCAAGACUCACAUGCAGCCCCUCCUGUGAUGGAGUGAGAGGAGAUAGAAAGAGAUAAAGAAAAGAUGGAGUUAAAGAGGAAAUGGAAAGCAGGAUUACUGUUGUGACAGCACUAGGAGAUGAGGGGCAGUGCAACGGUGAGAGAGGAACUCUAGUGGGAAACGAAAAAAAAAAAAAAUCAGUGCAACAGGAUGAGGACCUGCUAGUGCGCAGCCGGCCCAAUCCCGUGGACCUGCCAUCUGUCCCGCUGUUCUCUCCGCGUUGCCGACGCUCCCACCACCAACCAACAUCUGGAUAACCUCGCAUCCCCAUAUGGUAGAGAGGGUGAGGGGGGGGGGGGCAAAAAAAAAUCCAAAUCAUAUCGACCACUCAUCCUUUUUGAUCACACAGGACCUGAGAAAGGCACAUCAUCACCUUGGGGAUCCCUUGCUGCGGAGUGCAUCACCUCAGGGCUGAUAACUGGACCGGAGAAGGAAAAAACUUUUGCUCCAAAGAUGCAGAGGCGUGCACAGGACCCUUUCUUAUCUGUCUGUGAGAUUUUCUAACUUCCCAUGGAUCUGUUGUGUCUCUUACCCCCGAGCAGGGAGAGGGAAAAGGAGACAGAGGAGGUGGAGAGGGGGAGAAAGGAGGAGACGGCGGGGAAGCGUCACCGCCGCCGCUGCUGAAGUGUUACCGGCGUUUGUGCUCCUCCGCUGAAGAGGCAUUUUAUCACUCUUCCUCCCCCCCUUUCGCUCCUCUCCUCAUCCGACCAGCAGGGAGCCUGAGGGAUACAGACAGGGAGCUAAACACAGUGGGUUCAUGCUCAUAUGCACACAAACACACACACACUUGCUGCUCUUCUAGGGGCUCCCGCACCUCUCAUCUUCCAUCCCCCUCCUCUUCCCUCACUUUCCUUUCCCAUUUUGAUGUCCUGUCUUCACCUUCAUGACCACUUGUAAAUCUGUGACACGUACAGAAAAAGAGGAAAGUGAGAGAAGGGGUGAUGAAACUGUGGAGUUAGAAAAGAGAGAUUUUUGGAAGAAUCACACACACACUUGCUGUCACGUUGUGAAGUCCUCCAGGGGAGUGUGCAGACAUCCAAAGCUGCCAAACACACACACGCACACAGUCGCUGAUAACUCACUCACACUCACUCUCACACAGAGACUUGGUCUAGAUGCAUACUCCUACAGGUGCUGAGAGAGGCAGGUGAAAACCAGGUGAAAAGUAAAUAGAGAGAAAGACAUUUGGAGGAAAGCAGCCUGGGAACAAUGGAGCAGCAGGAGUUCAAGUUGGAUGACAGCAGAAAGCACAGGUAGUAGGCCACCAAAAUGGCCAUUCCCAGGGGACAUCCUCCUCCGUCUCCUUGGCCUCCACUCUUCCUCCUGCUCCUCAUCUCCUCCCCGCUCCCCCUGCAGGCCCGGCCACUCCUCCUCCACCCGUCCAUAAACGUGGCGGUGGUGUUCAGUGGCUCCAGUUACCAGAAUGAGGUCAGAGGUCGUCUCAGCGGGGAAAACUUUGUUGACCUGCCUAUUGUUGUCAGCCCAGUGACCGUGCUGGUCAAUGACACCAACCCCCGCGACCUGCUGACACGCCUCUGUGAUACCAUGGCAACGGAGAGGCUGCACGGCGUAGUGUUUGAGGAUGAUGUGGGCUCUGGUGCAGACACACAGGUGGCAGAAGUGGCACAGAUCCUGGACUUCCUCUCCACUCAGACAGCUCUACCAAUCGUAGGCAUCAGUGGCGGCUCUGCAGUUGUCAUACCAUACAAGGCUGAGGGAUCCUCCUUCCUGCAGAUGGGAGUGUCUCUGGAGCAGCAGAUUGUCUGCAUGUUUAAGAUCAUGGAGGAGUAUGACUGGGGCGAGUUUGCAGUGAUCACCAGCUUGCUGCCAGGCUACGACACCUUCGUGGAUAUAGUUCAGUCCUAUACAGAUACCUCCUAUUUCCUGUGGAAUCUACAGGAUAUCUUGUCUCUAGAAAUGUCUGUCGGGUCAAAUGAUGGGAGGACGAAGCGCAUGCUGCAGCAGGUGGACUCUCAGGUCCUGAUGGCGUAUUGCUCCUAUGAGGAGGCACAGUACUUGUUUCAACAGGCAGCUGAGGUGGGUCUGCUGGGGCCAGGCUACAUCUGGAUCCUCACCAGUCAGGCCGUGGGCAACCCCGACAGCCCUCCACCUGACAGCUUCCCUGUCGGUGUUAUUGGUGUGAUUACGGACCAGGGGAGAAAGAGCUUGCGGCAGAGGGUGAGGGAGGGUGUCGCUAUUGUAGCUAAAGGGGCUGAGAGCUUCCAGAAGCAGUACGGGUUUAUUCCUGAGGGACAUGGUGACUGCAACAAACCUGCUAAACACUCAGACAACAAUACUCUGUUCAGACACAUGCUGAAUGUGACGUGGGAAAGGAAAGAUCUGUCAUUCAACAACCAAGGCUUCCUCUCCAAUCCUUCCAUGGUCAUUAUCGCUCUGGACCGGGAUAGACUCUGGGACAAGGUGGGUACGUACGCCCGAGGGAUCCUUCAGGUUCGCUACCCGGUCUGGCCUCGAUACGGCAGCUUCCUGGAACAGGUGUCUGAUGACCGUCACUUGACUGUGGCCACGCUGGAGGAGCAUCCCUUCGUCAUGGUCGAGAAUGUGGACCCGGGCACUGGUACAUGUGUCCGGAACACGGUGCCCUGCAGGCGGCAGUCCAAUCAAACAGAGAGUAUUAUCGGCCACGCAGGGUCCUACACCAAACUGUGCUGUAAGGGCUUCUGCAUAGACAUAUUGAAGAAACUGUCCCGCACCAUCAAGUUCUCCUAUGACCUCUACCUGGUCACCAACGGGAAACAUGGCAAGCUGGUUCGUGGGACCUGGAACGGCAUGAUUGGGGAGGUUGUGUAUAGACGAGCUGACAUGGCCAUUGGCUCUCUCACUAUCAAUGAGGAGCGUUCGGAAAUCAUCGACUUCUCCGUACCGUUUGUUGAGACAGGCAUCAGCGUUAUGGUAGCCCGCAGCAAUGGGACAGUUUCCCCAUCUGCCUUUCUUGAGCCCUACAGCCCAGCAGUUUGGGUCAUGAUGUUUGUGAUGUGCCUGACCGUGGUGGCGGUGACGGUUUUUGUGUUUGAAUACUUAAGUCCAGUCGGCUACAACCGCAGUCUGGUCAGCGCCAAAUCUCCUGGUGGUCCGACGUUCACCAUUGGGAAGUCAGUGUGGCUGUUGUGGGGCAUUGUCUUCAACAACUCGGUCCCCAUUGAAAACCCUAAAGGAACAACCAGUAAGAUCAUGGUCCUGGUCUGGGCCUUCUUUGCUGUCAUCUUCCUGGCCUCUUACACUGCCAACCUGGCUGCCUUCAUGAUCCAGGAGCAAUAUAUCGACACAGUGUCUGGGCUCUCUGACAAGAAGUUCCAGAAACCACAUGAGCAUUACCCUCCUUUCCGCUUCGGGACGGUCCCAAACGGGAGCACAGAGAGGAACAUCCGCAGCAACUACCCUGACAUGCACACACACAUGAUAAAAUACAACCAGAAGGGGGUGGAAGAAGCUCUAGAAAGCCUCAAAAACGGGAAGCUGGAAGCUUUCAUCUACGACGCCGCUGUUUUGAACUACAUGGCCGGGAAGGACGAAGGCUGCAAGCUGGUGACCAUCGGCAGCGGGAAAGUGUUUGCCACCACAGGAUACGGCAUCGCUCUGCAGAAGGACUCCCGCUGGAAACGGCCUAUUGACCUUGCGCUGCUGCAGUUCCUUGGAGACGGAGACACCCAGCGCUUGGAGACGGUGUGGUUGUCAGGCAUCUGCCAGAACGAAAAGAACGAAGUAAUGAGCAGCAAGCUGGACAUUGACAACAUGGCGGGCGUCUUCUACAUGCUGCUAGUGGCCAUGGGCCUCAGCAUGCUGGUCUUUGCCUGGGAACACCUUCUUUAUUGGAAACUACGACACUCCCUUCGCAAGUCUCCCAAACUUGACUUCCUGCUGGCCAUCAGUAGGGGUAUUUACAGUUGUUUCAAUGGAAUGGAGGAUCCUGGGCGUUCAUCUGGUUUGGCAAAACCUGACCUGACCUCCAACUACGCUCAAGCAAACAUGCUGAAGAUGCUUCGCACUGCUAAGGACCUAGUCUCCACUGCCAAUGUUGAGACCUCUCUGGACAAUGCCACCAAGACCAUAGAACAGUUGAGCCGUCAUGGCGGCAGCUUGCCUGUUCGUAUUCCACAAGUCUCCACUGAGGCCGUACCAGGAGGAUUUGCUUAUAUUACGGAGAAUCACUGCUCCCUAACCCCACCUCUGAGUGCUGUUACCUCUCUGAAACAGCAGAGGGGUGUGACCAGGCCGACGCCACUGCGCUAUACACUCCCGACUCGCUCUUCUUCAUGUCUGUAUGACCGGCCACUUCCUGUGUCCAGCCUCAGCAGUCCCCACCUGGCCGUGGGUGAGCCGCUUCCUCAUCAGCACCCGCACCACUACCAGACCACAGGGAGACUCUACGUAGACACACAUCCUCACUCGCCCUUCAUUCCCUACACCGAUCUCCAACUACCUGACAUCUACGCUUCUCACCCGGUCUCCUUGUCUCAAAACCAGUAUGUCCAAGCAGGCUUCUCCCGACGGAAAAGGAGGUCCAAGAGUUUCCAGUGUGAGGAUGAGGAUGUAGAGAGGAGAAAACUCAGGGACCAAGGAAAGAAUGACAAAGGUCCCAUCUACCUGAGUGAGCUCAAAGCCAACCACCUCCAAGACAACCACAUCUCCACCCCCAGCAUUGAUAACAUCUACUCAGGGGAGGGGAUGUGUCCUCGGGUAGAGAAUUACAGAUCCUGGCCCCCGGAGGACCUGGUGCUGAGAGGCAGACGCAGGCACCGCCGCCCCUCUUUCCUCAAAGCCACAUGGGGCAAUGAGCAAAUACGCCAGCUGGACGAAUCCCAGUCAUCCCUGUCCAGCCAAUCACCUUCCACCCUGCCAGACCUGUUCCCAUGCAUUCUUACACCAACCACACCUGCAAAGGCCUGCAACCCUGCUCACCUUCGAAACAACCUGUGCCUCCCCCGGAACCAGGCCUACCUCCACAUAAGGGAGGACCAGAGGAGGCCCAAUGGGCGUAAGGGCCAGAAGCUGCGCUACUCUCACUCCGCCCACCUCCCCACUUACGGAGAAGCAGUGCGACAUGGGACUGGGUUAGGGCGGGGGAUGGUACGGAGAGCCACCAGCUUGCUCAGCAGACAGUACACCCACUACCUGAACUCAUACCCUGGACUACCCCUCUACCACGGGCCCCUAGACCUACACAACCACAGUCAGGCCUCCAGCAGCCACCCGAGCACCAGCCCAGUGUGCCAGCUGCUGGCUUGUGGGGGUGGGAGAUGUGGAAGCCAGCGGGCUCUGCUGUACCAGGACAGUGUGUAUGGGGCCUAUGGGGUCUAUCAGGGAUCCCAGACUGGAUCAGAGGCCCAGGCAGGUAAGGGAGCAGGGGGCCAGCCUGUGGGGAGCCCCUGCGUACUUCGUCCCUGGCGACGGGUGUCCAGCCUGGAGUCUGAGGUCUGAUGGGAAACCAAAGGAACCUCAUAAGAUGGAUACUGUGGAGUAAUAGAGGACAAGACACCUGUAUAACCACUGUGGAGAGGGGGAAGUGGUUAGAUUAUUGUAAGGGGGAGAAGUUAUGACUUGAAGUAGUUGUUGAUUUUCUAUGUGACUUUGUGUGGUAAAGAAUAGAAGUUUGGGUCUGCAAAUUUCACAGAUGUUUAGGACUUUUUUGAUGUAUACUACAGUAAGAUAAGAAGACUGCACUGUUACCAAUUUAUCCUCGAGAAAGGUUUGGAAAGCUGGAGUCGGCAGGUUUUGCUCACUUGCUACUUUCCUACAACGCUUGUGUGUUUUCUGUGCUUUAAUGUGCACUAAACAGUCCACGGUGUUGGCGCAUGGUUAAACUAUAAUCAGUUUUCAUGCUGUGUGUGUUGUGUAUAUUUUAUCGUGGAUAGUUGGGAUUCAGUCUUGGGUGUAGUGUAGUAGAUGAACCGUUUACAUCUAGGGAGAAGUAGCAGAGGAAUAAGGGAUUGUCUCUUUCAAAUUCAGCCAUCAAAAACAAGCAGCCACUGUAGCAAGAUUUGUGAAGACAGCUGCAAUGAACAAGAGUUUAAUUCCAAAAUAAAAACAAUUAAUAUUAAAACAUUUUGACUCCAGACACAGAAGAGCAGCAGUUUUUUUGUCUAUUCAAGACGGUCUGUUAAUGAAUUUCAGGUAACAUCUUUCAAGAUUCAUAAUGUUUUGGAGCUAAUCCCUUCAAGUCGUCAUUUAGUGAUGAGUCAGAGGAAGCAGAGACUUUGUGAAAGCAGUCCAUAUGAACACAAUCUGCAAAAUGAUGAAAGUAUUGGGACAGCACUGACCAGCACUAGGUGUCUUAAACCAUGGAUUCUUUUUCCUCACUGAGUCUCAGUAUGAGGCUGCAGUACAGCACAACAUCACACAGGGCCUCACAAUAAAUAAAUUCAGUAUCUAAAUACUAUAUCAAUAGAGAAAAUGUGUAAUUUGAGGCUGGUUAGUGUCAUAUUCAUGUAUUCUACAUAUGAUAAGAAUUUAUAGUCACUCUUAACAUUUUCUAAUCACAAAGUUCUAGCACAUUUUUCUUUUUGUAAAGCUGUUGCCGGUUUACUUAAAUAUUUGUUAUUAUUGUAUUAACUAUGUUGUCCUAUAUUACGAUUUUCAUCACUUUCUCAUUUCCACUCUUUUAUAUUCCCUCAUCAUCCCUGUUUUUCCCAUUCCCUCUAACUGUUAAAUGAUCAAAUUUAAAUGAGGUAAUUGAAAGCUAUUCUAGUAUCUAUAUUACCUGGCUCCCUCAACCUGUAAUUAAUCACUUAGACUAAUUAAAGAACCUUUUGGAUGAA